AUGUCACACAGGGAGGAGCAGGCCCCCAAAGGGAGAGAGCCAGAAAAACUUCAGAUAAAUGGGCUCUGUGUCCACGAGUUCUGCCUGUUUUUUGCCACCAACUUUCCUGACCACCCGGUUCAUCGAGGAGGACUCUGGUGUCUUCCCUCAUGGGAGAUCCGAGCUGUAGUCUCCCUGGCGGCUCAGCAGAGCUGCUGCAUCUGUGGCCAGAGAGGGGCCACCAUUUCCUGCUGUAGAAGAAACUGUGACCUGAGCUUCCACCUGCCCUGUGCCAAGCAGGGAGGCUGUGUCACCCAGUUCUGCAGACCAUUCAGGGCCUUCUGCCCCGCACACAGCCCAGAGCAGGCAGUGGAGGCGACUCCAGAGCCGGGCACCCAAUGCCUCAUCUGCAUGGAGCCUGUGGAGGACAGAAAGACCUUCAACACCCUGGUGUGCCCAGCCUGCAAAACCGCCUGGUUCCACAGGGCCUGCAUCCAAGGACAGGCUCUGCAUGCUGGUUGUUUCUCCUUCCAGUGCCCCCUCUGCAGAAAUGAUGAGGCAUUUAUAAGAGAUAUGUUCACCAUGGGGAUCCAAAUCCCCUUGAGACCACCAUCAUGGGAGGGCUUUAAUGCAUUCGAUGAGAUGGGAGACAGACACAGGCGCUGCGAUGCCAGUGAGUGCCUUUUUCCAGGAGGCAGGCACGAGGCAGAGGAGGAGGGGCCCUGGCAAUUGCUCCUGUGCUCCUCCUGUGCUGCCGAGGGCACUCACAGACGCUGCUCUGGCCUGAGGAACAGCAUAACCAGAUGGGAAUGUGAUGGCUGUGCUGGUCUGGGCACAGGUAACAGGCAAAGCACCCUGGCUCCCGAGAUGAGUCAGAGCUUGCUGGUGUCAGCGUGGCCAGACAGUCAGGAUUGGAGCCUUCUGAUGGCUCCAGGGAACCCGAGACCGUCAGCCCCAACACAGAAGUCCCCUGGACAGGACUCAUGUGCCAGCACCAAGUCCUGGGAGGCGCAGGCCCUGGCAGAGACCAUCAGGGACAUCCCGCAGGCGAAACCGCUCCCGCCUGCAACGUCCGACCCCAAAUCCAUCCAGCCGGUCCAGAAGCCGCCGUGA